AUCCACGCAAAUUAAUCAAUUGUUUGGCCACACGCUGCCUCACGGUCUUCAAAAUAAAAUAAUACACGAAAAAAGUGCAAAUCAAUGUGCAAAAUCAAAGUAUAUAUUCAAUAAUUAUCACAUAAAAUGCCGACUAACAAACUAAGCAAACAUGGAUUAACGCAUUUAUUGUAGAUUGUUAUCUAUGGGAUUGAAGUCAACGAAAAAGGUUUGAGCAACAUUUUUCAACGUAAAUCAGUAACUAAAAGUGUUUCAUUUACGUUUCGUACGCGAUUUUUAUGUGUAGACAUCAAAUAAACGACUACAACAAAAAUUAGCAGUAACAUCAUCAGCCGCACCAGCAACAACAACAACGAAGGGCACAUCUAACGCUGCGGCUAACAGAUGAGCCCCAACAACAGAUGUCAAUUGCUGCAGCCGAAAAUGCAGGGCUUAGCCCAAGUGACUUACCAGAUCAUUGGGCCUCAGGUACAUCAAAUCCAGCGACCUCAACCAGCAGCAGCAGCAGCAUUAGUGCCAGCGGCAGCAACAGCAACAGCGGCAGCAGCAGCAGCAACAUCAACAAGUACAACAGCGGCAACAUAUCGGUCUGCAACCUGCCGCGCUCAUCGCCGGCCGCUGCCACAGCAGCCGUUACGUUAUCAUCGGCCGGCGGCGGUAUUGGCAGCAACUUGUUGAGCGGCUUGCAUCACGGACUGGCGCCCGGAACGCAUCCAUUGCAACGCGCGACGGCAGCCAGCGGAGGCGGGGCUGGUGCUGGUGGGGGCGUGGCAGGCGCCUCGACAGCAGCGGCACUAACACUCCAACAGCAGCAACAUCAACAGCAGCAGCAACAUCAGCAGCAACACCAACAGCAGCAGCAGCAACAUCAGCAAUUGAGCUACCAGCAGCAACUGCACCAGCAACUCAUCUCGCAGCGUUCUAUACAAAAUAAGGCGGCGGCCAGCGCUGCCGCACAAACGGCAAAUCUUGCAGCUGCCCUGCAGCGAUCGACUGCCAUUAUGAACGCGGUGGCAUCGCCGAUCUCAGCCAACUCUGCCAACUCAGCGACGUCCGGCCGGAAGAUACGACGUAAGACGGAUGCAAAGGUCAAUCUGCCUCAAUCACAAAUCAACAAAUGCAACAAUGAGAAGCGACGUCGCGAGGCGGAGAACGGUUAUAUCGAGCAGCUGUCGGAGAUAUUGACGCUGAACAAGCGUGGAGAUAUGACCUCAACGAAACCGGACAAGGCGGCUAUACUAAACCAAGUGGUUCGAACGUACCGUGAGAUUUGUGACAAGGGCCAAAACCGUGAUAUAUCCUCAACGUCGACGAACAACAACAACAACUCCACGACAACGACCAACAACAACACGAAUAGCAACAACAAUAACCACAGCAACAACAACAACACCAGCAAACCGCAAGCAACCUCAACCCGCUGCAGCCGCUGUGCGACGGACAACUGCUCGAUUCAUCCGGUGCAACAGGGCGAGGUCUCGUCGACGGAACCCCCUCUUCCGGAACCCUCGCUCCUCCUCGGCCAGGUGCCCGAAAUAUCGGCAUACUUCGAGGCCCUCGAGCACUAUAUCAGCGGCGUCGGCUGGGUCCUGCUGCAGGUGAACGCCAACGGCAUCAUUGAGUCCUGCACGCAGAACAUCCGCGACCUGAUCGGCUAUGAGAAGCAGGAGCUGUACCACCAGCCGCUCUACAGGUACCUCUAUUCGGGGGAUCACGCCAAGCUAGAGCCGAUCAUCAACAACAACAUGUACAGCAAUCCGCCCAAUGGAGGUGGCGGAGGUAGCAACUCCGCCGGCAAUUCGGGCACUUCAGCCGCCGCCGCCUCCGCGGGCGUUUGGGGAGAUCUCGAGGAGCUGAACAAUGGCAGUGCCUCCCAGCAGUCAGCGGGCUCAAAUUCCAGUUCGGGUGGAGCAGGCGGAGCAGGAGGAGGCGGAGGAGCAGGUGGCACUGCGGUGGGCAAGUCAAAGCGCAGCAUCUCCACCAAGGUGCGCAUGCUAGUCAAGGACACACGCACUGCCACCCAGACGUCGUCGAACUGCGAGGAGAAGCCACUGCGGCAGUCCGGCCAGCAGGACAAGUACGAGGAGGUGGUCCUCAUAGCGGCUCCAGUCAAGGAUGACGCCGAUGCCAGCAGCUCGGUUCUCUGCCUCAUCACACGACCGGAGGACGAGUCGCCACUGGAGAUCAACAUUCAGCAGCACGUGCAGCAGCAGCCGAUCGAGCAGAUGACCUUCAAGCUGGACAUCCACGGCAAAAUACUCACCCUCGAUCCGACGGCCCUUCGGGAGCCGUUCAAGCAGCACCUGCAGACGUGGGUGGGCCGCCUGUGGCAGGAUCUCUGCCAUCCGCACGACCUGUCCACGCUCAAGUCGCAUCUGCGCGACAUCCAGGACUCGGCCAGUGCCAAUUCGCCGGGUGCUGGAGCGGCCACCAGUGUGGUUUCGCGUCCCUUUCGCCUGCGGUUGGGUGCACCCGAUGUCUACGUGCAUGUGAAGGCCAAUUCGAGACUUUUCUUGAAUCAGACGCCCGGCGAGGGUGACUUCAUCAUGUCCGUGCAAACGCUGCUCAACUCGGAGAACGACAUGAACAGCAGCAACACGGGUAGCAACAAUGCGGGAAGUGGGGGAUUGGGCCUGGGGCAGCUGUGCGCCAUGGCGCCCAGUCCCUCGCUGGCCAGCUCCCUGCUCAGCAGCCUCUCCAUGGACGGCCUUCAGGGUUCGGGCUCCUCCUCCUCGCCGGCGGCCUCGGGCAUGCUGCCCACCCAUCUGCUGGGCGGACUGGUGGGCGGUGGCCAACAGGGCGGCGGUGGGAAUAGCACGCAGACGACGAGCGUGGGCGGACCACUAAUGAGCAGCGCCAUUAUCAAUGGAAGCGGACUGCAGCAGCAGCAACAGCAACAGCAGCAGCAGCGAUCCGGCGCCAGCUCCUCGGCCAGUUCGUCGGCAAAUGCGUUGGUCAACGCAUUCACCGCCUCGCCGGCGGCCGCGGAGCAUAGUUUCUACGGAAGCGACACCUUCGAGUUCGACAUUGCAGCACAUUCCUCAUUCGAAUUGGAUCCCAGCGGCGGCGUGGGCGCCUGGACCGAUUCGCGUCCCAAUUCGCGGGCCUCCGUGGCGACGCCGGUCAGCACGCCGCGUCCUCCGUCUGGACACGGAUUUAGUCCGGCCGUGUGCGCCUCCCCGGCCACGCCCUAUCAGCUCUCCUCGCACUCCGCCGCCAGCCUGCCGUCGCCGCAGUCAAAUGCCAGCGCCGGCGGAGGCAACUACGGUUUCAACUUCCACUCCUUCGAGACGGGCGACGUGAAGCCCGAAAAGGAUGUCCAGCAGCAGCAGCAAACAAGGCAGCAGGUGAACAACAAUAGUGGCAGCAGCAGCAGCAAUCCUCUGAUGGGUGGAGGACUGCCAAACGGAGUGGGUGGAAUGCUGCUCUCCCAGCAGCAGCAACAGCAACAGCAGCAAACGCCGCCGCAACAGCAGCAGCAGCAACAGGAAUCCUCGGAGCGACUGCGCCAUCUGCUGACCAAGUCACAGAGCAUGGCCGGCGGUAUGGGAGGAUUGGGGGAUGAUGAGAAGUACUUCAAGCCGGAGGUCACCGAUGAGGAGAAGCUCGCCGGCGGCAGCUUCAAGAUGGGCGGCCAGCCCGGCGGCCUGGGCAUGUUCGGACCCAUGGGAUCGAUGGGACGUGGUGUCGGCAACGCGAGUAUGCUGCACAAGGCGGGCAAUUCGCAGAACCCCAUGCUGCUCAAGCUACUCAACGAAAAGUCCGAGGACGAUGAUGGCAACGGAUCGGGUAGCGGACCGGGCUCCAUGAACAACUCCCGCCAGAGCGAACUGAUGCGCCAGCUGAAGAAUCCCGACGGCGGUGGCCAUGGUGGCAUGCAUCGCGGCAGUGCCAGCGGCAACAUGAGCACCGAGGACCUCAAGGCCAUGUUGAAGAUCCAGAGCGAUCCGCUGAGCCGCAAGCGGUCGCUCAACGAGCCCGACGACGAUCCCUCCGCCAAGCGGUCGGAGGACAAGCCGAGCAAACUGUGCACGCAGAACAAGAUGCUGGCCAAGCUGCUGCAGAAUCCGCCAAAGAUACCCAAAGCACCCAAUCCCGAGCAGCCGCUGCAGGUGAAGACGCUGCCGGACAUAAACAGCUCCACGGUGAGCAGCACGCUGGCCGCUCCGGGCAACCUCAUAAGCGCAGGCAGCACGGGGCCCAAAGCGGCAGCAAAUCGCAACCGAAAGCAGCAGCAGCAGCAGCAACAGCAGCAACAGGCCGCCGGCAUUCCUUCCCAGCAGCAACAACAGCAGCCAAACGAUGUCUACCUCAGCCAGCAGCAGCAGCAGCAGCAGCAACAGCAACUGCAGCCGCCGCAGCUGGCCUUCCAGCACCAGCAACAACAGCAACUGGCGACCACAGCAACUACCUCAAUUACCACAGCGGCCUCCACUUCGGCUGCGGCGGCUGCAGCUGCGGCGGCGGCAGCAGCGGCGGCCAUUCUCGGCGACGGCGACUCGGAGCUGUCCAAGCUGCUGGACAGCGUGAUGGAGUACUAUCCGGAUGAUACGCCCAUUGUGACGAAUGCUCCCUCGGAGGCCUCGGCCAUCAACGAUAUUCAAAAGUCACUGAUGCAGGACGUCGAGGCGACGGCCUUUGGCAACGACCUCAGUCAACAGCUCAUGAUGAGCCAGCAGCAACAGCAUCAGCAACAACAGCAACAGCAACAGCUUCUGGCGCUUCAGUUGGCCCAACAGCAGCAGCAACAGCGACAGCAACAUCUGCAACAGCCGCCCGCCUAUCCGGGCAUGCUAAACAUGCAACAGCAGCAGCACCAGCAGCAGCAACAGCAAAACCAGCAGCACAUCAUGCAGCGUCUGGAGGCAAUGCGCAGUCAGGGCAAUCAGGGUUUCCAGCGACCACCGCCCAUGUAUCCAGCCCGCGGACGAGGGCCCAUGAACGCGGUGGCCACUCCGGGCGGAGUGGUACUGCCUGCCCAGCAGCAACUGCGCAACAUGCGGCAGCAGCAGCAGUUGGCCGCCGCCCAGCAGAAGGAGCGUUUGCUGCAGCAGCAGCAGAAGCAGCAGUUACUCGUCCCCGAGAAUGCCACUGGCAUGAAUGCGGGCCUGAAUAACAUUGGCUCGCUGCUAAACACGACAGUGGCUCCCAAUGUGUCCCUAUCCCGCACGAACCUGCCCUCAGAUGCCCAGCUGAGUCCAAACUUUGCUCAGACGUUGAUGCAGCAGCAGCUCAGUCCCGGUCGGAGCACGCCCUACAGUCCGCAGCCCAAUCAAGGCUAUGCUCCUCAGUUCCCGCAACCCGGUCAGCGUCUCUCCCCGCAGCAGCAGCAGCAGCUCAACCAGCAGCAGCAGAACAAUGCCCAGCAGCAACAGUUGGCCUACCAGCAGCAGCAACAGGUUGGCGAUGGCGGACGUUCCAACACUCCGUUUGGCUCCAACUCGGGAAUGCAGUCGCCGGUGAUGCAGAACAGCCCGCAGCAGUGGGGACCGGGCGGAGGUGGAGGCGGCGGAGGACCCGGCGGUCCGCUGCCAGCUGGCAAUGCCGGGCGAACACUGCAGCAACACAACCCGAUGCUCAUCGCUCAGCUGCAGGGCGUGAGUCCGUACAAUGCGCGUCAAUACCAACAGAACCAGAGACGCGGCUUGAAUUCCCCGGGAGCGGUUGGACCCGGCGGCAAUCCGGCAGCGCAGGCGGCUCUCCAGCGACAGAAUUCGUUCCAGGGACAGGGCGGUGGAGGAGGAGGGGCUACGACGCCCGACGGUUUCGGUGGUCCACAGUCGCCGUACGGCAGCAAUGUCAACGUUUUCCAGCAGCAACAGUUGCAGCGACUGCAGCGACAGGCCAGCGUUCCCCAGGCCACGCAACAUCUGCCAGGCUCGCCACGCUUUGGCUCCUCACCGGGCAGCAACAACAGCAGCAACAACAACACCACUGAUAGCUCAGCUGCCGCCGGCAACCAGCAGCAGCAGCAACAUCAGCAGCAGCAGCAACAUCAGCAGCACCAGCAACAGCAACAGCUGAUGAACGGGCUGAGCAUGUCGCCGCAUCCGCAUCCGGCGAUGAUGGGCGUGGGCGGGAUGGGCAGUGGCGGUGGCAACGGCAUCAUUGGCCUUGGCGGGGGCGGCGGCGGUAAUUACGGUGCCACCCUCGGCGCCUACGGGCAGCCGCAGCAGGCGAAUGAUUUCUAUGGUCGCGCGCAGACCGCUGGCGGUGGUGGCAAUGGUGGCAAUGCAAAUUCCGAGUUUGUUAAGCAGGAGCUGCGAGCGGUGGUCAGUGUGCGAGCCCAGCAGGCGGCGGCGGCGGUCACGGGAGGAGGCGUGGCCCAGCGCGGACAGACGCCGCAGAGUCCGCUGCAGCAGGGAGCAGUGAUCGGCGGAGGCGGAGGCAUCGUGGGCGGAGCCAAUAGUACAAACACCAUGGGCAACGUCACGCCCACGGGCAGCGGCAAUGUCAACUCCAUGCUCAACACGCCGCCAGAUCCAACGCUUGGCUUUAGCUUUGAGACGCCGGACUUCUUCACCAGCAGCGCUACGAGGUGACCCUAAGGUGACUAAUUCAGACCCCAGGAUGAUCACACACAACCAAAACUUCUCUUGCGCACGCAUUUAUGGCUCUAAAUAACAAGAAAUAA